AUGGGUGUUAUCGGUGGUUAUCAGUUCAUAGAUAUGGGCCAGAAGGGUCCUGCUGCACCUACUGGUAGGCCCAGAAGGCCGUCAAUAUCCAUCCACAUGGUUAAUCAUCGAUACAAAUACAAGAGAAGACUCCAGAUCCAAUCCCAGAGGAAUGCGCUCACCAGUAACCAGAUGUCUACUGGAUACGCAGCAAUGUUGCAGUAUUCGCCGGUUGAUAUUUUCAGUUUACAGGAUCAGCAUAAGUGGAGAAAGGAUGGCAAAGAGCUGACUGUGGACCAAGUGGUUCUCAUUGUUGAUCCCCAACUUCCUCGCACCCUCUGGCCUGUAGGCACAGUGACUGAGACGUUGGCUGGACCUGACGGAAAAAUUUGCACUGCUCGUCAGCGUCCUCUCAAGCAGUCCCUGAGUGGCUCACUGUGCAGAGAGUCCCACUGGAAGUGCCUGCUGCUCACAUUGCUCAUGUACGGCUGCUUUGGCACGCUAGGCUGGUGCUCCCUAUACCGCAUCACCGUAAUUACUUUUGAUGAGCAAGCCUACUUCUACAAAGGUAAUGCCCGACUUUACCAUGACAGCCCGUGUUCCAAUGGCUACGUCUAUAUACCUGUAGCCUUCCUGGCCAUGCUGUACAUCGUCUACUUGGUGGAGUGCUGGCACUGCUACUCUAAAACAGCUAACCUUGCUAAGGUGGAAAUCAGUGAGGUGUAUGACAGGAUACAGCGGUUGCAACAAGCCACACCCUGCAUCUGGUGGAAGGCCAUCAGCUACCAUUACGUACGACGUACCAGACAGGUGACUCGCUACCGAAACGGAGACGCCUAUACGACUACACAGGUGUACCAUGAACGGGUCAACACGCACACAGCGAGCGCCGAGUUUGAUUACUCAUGUCUCGGUGUCAAAGAUGUUUCGAAAGAGCUGCAGGGCCUGUUGGAACAUCCUGUCACUCGCUUGCGCUUCACCAAGUGCUUCAGCUUCGCCAGCGCCCGCGCUGAGACCGCCUACCUCACACAGCGAGCACGCUUCUUCGGGGACAAUGAGGGUCUGGACGACUACAUGGAAGCACGGGAGGGCAUGCACCUUAAAAACGUCGACUUUCGGGAACACAUGCUGGCCUUCCCCAACCCAUCGCGACCACCCUGGUACACCAGACGCUGGGUGUACUGGCUGGCCUCAGCUUUCCUGCUAUCAUGGCCUCUUCGUGUGAUUGCCGAGUACCGUACUGCAUACGUCCACUACCACGUCGAGAAACUGUUCGGCGAGAACGAGGACGCAAAUGACAAUGAUAAUACGGAGACGGGUAAUUACUGUACGGGCUUUGAGCAUGGCACUGGGGGUCCCACUCUGCGCGUCAUAUCGCGGGUCAACACGGUGGAUAUGACCGAACUUGAAUG